AUGUCAUCCACCACAGAAGAGAGGCAGGUCUGGCAGCCGCUGCACCCUCAAGUCCGGCCACGGCUGGAUCCACAAUAUGUGGAGGUGCACGAUAAACUGCUCCAGUAUGCCCCGCCGACCCAUACUCAGCCCUGGAGUGCAGCUAUGCGGCAGCCCUCGCAGGCGUCGGUGAAAACGGGGCUCGAUGUUGUCCCAGUCCUUACCGAAGAGGUUCAGCUGGAGCGCUUUACCAUACUCGUCCUCACGCCAGUCACAAACGCCGACGACGAACCCAGACCCGAAUCCGGAUGGCCAGUCUUUGUUUGGUUUCACGGCGGAGGCUUCGUCCUUGGGGAUCACUCGAGCGAGCUGGACCUACUGACGCGUAUUUGCGCAACCGCCCGUUGCGUCGUCUGCUCGGUCGGCUAUCGACUGGCCCCUGAACACCCCUACCCGGCAGCCAUCGAGGACGGCACCGACGGAGUGAGGUGGAUUCUAUCCGACGCCCAGGAUGGCGGCGCCACCCGAUUCAGUAUAGAUCGAAACCGCUGGGCCAUCGGCGGCGUCUCUGCCGGUGCGCUCUUAUCGACCGUGACGCUCAUAAGUCUCGGAGAGGCCGGCGACCUAGACUCUGGCGAGAUGGCGAGGCCGCUCCGCCAGGUCCUCGUUGUACCUGUGGUCGACAACACUGCAAUGCCAGGCUCCGGCUUCUGGUCCAUUAACCCCCACGCCAUCAGCCCCUCGGCCGAACGAAUGCUCUGGUACCGACGCCUGUGGCUGGGCGACGCCGACCCGCGUGUCUGGAGCGUCAGCGUGAAUCACGCCUCCGAUAAGCAGCUGGCCUACAUGCCCCCGACAUUUACCGCCAUCGGUGGCGAGGAUCUUUUGGCUCCGGAGGGCCUGGCGUUUGUCGACCAGCUGCGCGGCGCUGGCGUCGACGUUGAAACCAUGAUGCUGCCUGGCUGUCCACAUGCCAUAUUGGCGUUUGCAGGUGAAUGCGUCGACAAGGCAAAGGACCUAUUCGACAUGUGCGUGGAUCGCAUCUCAAAGUCGUUUGGCAACUGA